GUGGGGAUGCGGGUUCCCCCACCAUCCCAUCAUUAUCCCAUGUUCUAUAUAAACAGCCAGGACAUCAGGCGAAUAUGGACCCAGAACUAUUUGUUCAGAUAACAUCAUGGCUACCACCGAGGAAAAGAUUCGCACUGCCUUCCCAGAUGUUGAAUGGCACCCUCUCACACCACCCGGGGAACAUCCCGUCUUCACCUACUAUGGCUUCCAUCCAGGAAAGAAGACCGUUCUCUCGCAAGGCCAUGUGCGAUUCCCCGGCCACCGUGCCUUCACUACGGAUGUGCUUCUUGAGCACGACGUGGCCAUCACCCUCCGCGACGGCAUCAAGAUCUACACCGACAUCUUCCGUCCUGUCGACUCCGAGACCACCCCCGUCCCAGCCAUCAUCCCCUGGAGCCCCUAUGGCAAAACAGGCACCGGCCCACAGAGCUACGACAGCAUGGCUCCCUUUCGUGCCGGGCUCGAGAAAAGCUGGACCUCAGGCUACGAGAAGUUCGAAGCCCCCGACCCAGCCGAAUGGGUGCCUCGCGGCUACGCCAUCAUCAACAUCGACGCCCGCGGCGCCGGCAACUCCGAAGGCAACAUUCACUUCUGGGGCCAGCAAGAAGCCGAAGAUAUCUAUGACACAAUCGACUGGCUGUCCAAUCAGUCCUGGUGCAACGGCUCCGUCGGCAUGGCAGGGAACUCGUGGCUCUCCAUCGCGCAGGUCAACUUCGCCUCCCGUCUCCAGCAUCCUGCCCUCAAAGCCCUCGCUCCUUGGGAGGGACUCACCGAUCUAUACCGUGACCUGGUCAUGCGCGGCGGCCGAAAACACAACGAGGCUUUUCAUAAACUGAUCUUGAAGGGGUUCGCGGGCCAUGGAACCGCAGAGAACAUGCCUGCCAUGGCUAACAAACGACCCUUCUUCGACGACUACUGGGAGAGCAAACGCAUCCACACCGAACGCAUUGGUGACAUCCCACUCUACCUCCUCGCAUCAUACUCUUCCAUGCUACAUACGCAUGGCUCCUUCGAGACCUUCCGCACUGCCAAAAGUACCCGCAAAUGGCUCCGCGUGCAUCCCUAUCAAGAAUGGUACGAUCUAUACCGUCCGGAAAUGGUCGACGAUCUCGCCCGCUACUUCGACCACUACCUCAAAGACAUCCCCAACGACUGGGAAUGCACACCCCCCGUUCGACUCUCCCUCCUCGGCUUCGACGGCAGCCCAGCUCUGACCAUCAUCGAACGCCCCGAGCGAACCUUCCCCUUGACCCGGCAAGUCCUGAAGAAAUUCUACCUGAACGCAUCAACCAAGACCCUCCAACCAGACCUCCCCCCAACUGUAUCUUCCACCAUCCACAAAGCCAACACCACCUCAGACUUCACCCUCUACUUCCCCACCCGGACCACCCUAACCGGCUACGCUCACGCCCACCUGUACCUCUCCACCCCCAAACACAACGACAUGGACAUCGUCGCCCAAAUCCGCAAGAUCUCCUCCUCCGGAACCCCCCUCGAACACCUCAACUACCCCUGCCCGGUCCCCACCUCGUCCAUCCCCAACGUCAACACCGCCAAAACCCUCGGUCCACAAGGCUUCCUGCGCGCCUCGCACGCAGUCACCCGCGACGAAACCCUCUCCAGAGACACCGAAGUCGUCUACCGCCACGAUCGUGCGGAAUUAAUCCCAGCGGGGAAGAUCAUCCCGCUAGAUAUCACCCUCUGGCCAAUGGGAAUGGUCUUUGCAGCCGGAGAGGGAAUCAUGUUCCGGGUGUCGGGACUAGAUAUGUGUUAUCCGGAGGUGGAGGGGAUGAGUAUGGGUGAGGUGGAUGAAGAGCAGGAACAUGAGGUGCAUAGUGGUGGGGAGGUGGGCUCUUAUUUAGUGUUGCCAUUUGUGGACUAAGUACCAGAUAGACACAAGCGGGAUGGAUGGAUGGAUGGAGAUAUGGAAUUGGUAGGU